GCGCCAGCGCGGAGCGCCCCCUAAGUCCGGGCCUGGCUGCGGCAUGGCUGCCAGCCUGUGGAUGGGCGACCUGGAGCCCUACAUGGAUGAGAACUUCAUUUCCAGAGCCUUUGCUACCAUGGGGGAGACCGUGAUGAGCGUCAAAAUUAUCCGAAAUCGCCUCACUGGGAUCCCAGCUGGCUACUGUUUUGUAGAAUUCGCAGAUUUGGCCACAGCGGAGAAGUGUUUGCAUAAAAUUAAUGGGAAACCUCUUCCAGGAGCCACACCUGCAAAACGUUUUAAACUGAACUAUGCCACUUAUGGGAAACAACCAGAUAACAGCCCUGAGUACUCCCUCUUUGUGGGGGACCUGACCCCAGAUGUGGAUGAUGGCAUGCUGUAUGAAUUCUUCGUCAAAGUCUACCCCUCCUGUCGGGGAGGCAAGGUGGUUUUGGACCAGACAGGCGUGUCUAAGGGCUAUGGUUUUGUGAAAUUCACAGAUGAACUGGAACAGAAGCGAGCCCUGACAGAGUGCCAGGGAGCAGUAGGACUGGGGUCUAAACCAGUGCGGCUGAGUGUGGCAAUCCCUAAAGCGAGUCGUGUGAAGCCAGUGGAAUAUAGCCAGAUGUACAGUUACAGUUACAACCAGUAUUACCAGCAGUACCAGAACUACUAUGCCCAAUGGGGCUAUGACCAGAACACAGGCAGCUACAGCUACAGCUAUCCCCAGUAUGGCUAUACCCAGAGCACCAUGCAGACAUAUGAAGAAGUUGGAGAUGAUGCAUUGGAAGACCCCAUGCCACAGCUGGAUGUGACUGAGGCCAACAAGGAGUUCAUGGAGCAGAGUGAGGAGCUGUAUGAUGCACUGAUGGAUUGUCACUGGCAGCCCCUGGACACAGUGUCUUCAGAGAUCCCUGCUGUGAUGUAGUCAGGACAAAGGACAAGCCAGCAUGGACUGUGUGAGGAGGAUAAGAGACUCCUUUAAAAACAAUUCAAGAACUUUUACCUUUUUGGAAAUGUUUUGUAAGAUUUUAAUUAUCAAGUUUCCUGAAAUUAUGAUUACUGCAAUACUGCUACCUUUGAUAUAGCCAUUUGAGUUUUAAAACUAAGGGAUCAACUGUUGAAGAGGGUUCUUUGAAGAAUAAGCAUUUAUCCAGUAUCCGUACUCCUGCAAUAAGGGCAGCUUGGAAUUUUUAAAUUUUAUUCAUUUAGAGGGAGAGAAACAAUGAUCAGCUUCCUCCUGCACAC